AAAAAUUGUGUACAUUUCGACUGCUCCCUAAUGUUAAUCUCUCUCCAGUCUCCCAAUACUGAUGGUUUAACACAGACUACACUGUAGCUUACAUCAAAAACACAAUCAGUGUAUAUUUGUAACCGGUUGUGUGCCCCAUUCACCGACGGGAAGACGCGCGGAAAGCUACGAGUAGAUGGCUAGAUGCUCACGAACAUCAACAGUGGGUGGUGUGUGUGAGGUAGAGAGAGUGAGAGACAGACAGACAGACAGACAGAAAGAACGUGAUAGACAUCAAUAAAAACAGAAGAAACAUUGAGAUUCCGCCAACAAAGAUAUUGGCAAACUAUUUUUACGUUUUGCAUUCUAAGAGCGCGACACGAUCAAGAACCCUCCGUGGACUGCAAUUGAACAGUGAGAAGGCACAGAUUAUACAAAUUGAAACAAUAAUUACGCUUUGCGAGAAGAAGCUGAUCAUUGUCGUGGAUUGGAUUUGGGUCAAUCAAUUUGUAGCUCAACGUCAAGAUAAUAGAAAGAGUUACCAUGGAAACUGUUCUGUUCUUCCUCUUUUCACUCCUGGUGUAUGUGGCUGAUGGUGAAAAGGAGAAGAAAGAGGUGGACCCAUUUGUCUAUGACUAUCAUAGCCUGCGGAUCUGUGGACUGGUCUUUGGUGUGGUACUCUUCGCGCUGGGCAUCCUCCUCAUCCUCAGUAAGUCUUCAUACUUCAGCCGAAAAUGUCGCUGCUGUCCCAAUCAGGAGAAGAAGCCCAAGGCCCCUGGAGACGAAGAGGCGACGGCAGAGACCCUUAUCGUGUCCAAAGCUAAGGAGCCAGAGCCAGAGCCUGAAGCUAAGGCUGAGAACUGAGUCAGCCCAACCAGACUGCCUCCCCACCUGACUGACGAUCAACCAUAUCUGCCACAUAUUCCACCACACCAGUGGUGGAAAAAGUACACAAUGUCAUACUUGAGUAAAAGUAAAGAUACCUUAAUAGAAAAUGACUCAAGUAAGAGUGAAAGUCACCCAGUAAAAUACUACUUGAGUAAAAGUCCAAAAGUAUUUGAUUUUAAAUAUACUUAAGUAUCAAAAGUAAAUGUAAUUUCAAAAAUAUAUCAAAAGUAGAAAUCAUUUCAAAUUCCUUAUAUUAAGCAAACCAGACGGCACAAUUUUCUUGGGCACACUUCAACACUCACACAUCAUUUACAAACAAAGCAUUUGUGUUUAGUGAGUUUGCCAGAUCAGAGGCAGUAGGGAUGACCAGAGAUGUUCUCUUAAAGUGUGUGAAUUGGACAAUUUUACUGUUCUGUUAAGCAUUCAAAAUGUAACAAGUUAUUUUGGGUGUUAGGGAAAAUGUAUGGAGUAAAAAAAAAUAUUUAGCAGUAAAAGUAAAAGUUGUCAAAAAUAUAAAUAGUAAAGUACUUAAGUGGUACUUUAAAGUAUUUUUACUUAAGUACUUUACACCACUGUGAACCACUACCUAAGGACCAACACAAUAAUGAUGAUGAUGACGCUGACGAUGACAAAGAUGAUGCAGAAGAAUUAUGAAGAAUGAAGAUGAUGCAACAGGCAUAUUGUGCGACCACAGGACAAGGGAUAGGAGUGUGUAAAGGUGGGUGGGGGAUAAUGCAGAUGUAAAUAAACCUCUAACUUAUUGUUCCGUGCUCUG